CAUUAUGACGCAAAAGGUUUCCCAUCGUCCGGUAUUUUACCGUUUGCACAAGGUUUUUUGUGCUCAUUUAUGAAUCGAUGUUACGCAACACCAACAACUGGCAACGAUACGAACUUCAUCAAUACAAAUUCAACGGAACAAUCGCUACUGACGACAAGCGGACGAGAAUGGGCGCAGUUGAUGGCUGAGUUCGGAUCGAACACAACACUGUGGUCAUCGAGACUUGAUCAGCUGAUUGAUCUGAUUGAAGCGAUCGGAAGGGGUUCACCGCAAGCAAGUGUGCGCAACUUCUUGAACGAGUCGAUUCCAAUAGCGAAAUUUUUCGACUCGAACGAAAGUGCCGUUGAAUUCAUUAAAGUUUUAACGGAUGCUGACACGGAUUUUGCCCAAAAUCUCCUGAACGCAUCCAUAACGCCAUUAUUUGCACUAAAAGCAUACCAAGAGGAAUUAGCGUUUUCGAAUCGUAAUGGCCAAUAUGCUGUUAGGUAA